GAUUGGUAUGUAUGUCUGGGCAAGGGUGGAGACUGAAAGAGUAGCGUAUAUUUGACCUAUACACAGAUCAGUAUAUAAACCCUGCUCUCUAAUUCAACCUCAUCAGUUAGAUCAAAACCAUCCAACAAUAUGAAGGCUUAUCUUUGCUUUGCUCUCCUAGCAGCUGCUACUGCUGAUCAGUCCCAUCAUCAAAGCAUCAAGCAUGGAAAUUCUCCCUCUGUCAGCCAUUCUGUUCACAAGCCCCACUUUGCUGCUACAGCUUCUGUUGUAAGCCAGCCCCAUGCUGCUCCUCAGGCUGUUGACUCUUAUGUAAACCAAGAGAAACCUAUUGCAGCAAACCUUGCACCUGCUGCUGUUCCUGGUUACUCAUCUGCUCCUUCUUAUGCCCCUGCUCCAGCUUAUGCUCCUGCUCCUGCCUACGCUCCUGCUCCUGCCUACGCUCCUGCUCCUGCCUACGCUCCUGCUCCUGCCUACGCUCCUGCUCCUGCCUAUGCUCCUGCUCCCACCUAUGCUCCUGCUCCUGUCUACAACACCCCUGUUGUUGUUGCCCCUGCCCCUGCAUACAAAGCCCCUGUUGUCCAUGCUAAACCCUCCUAUGGUGCCCCUGCAUACAAUGAACCUGCCUAUAAUGAACCUGCUGUAUAUGCUUAUGAGUAUGCUGUAGCUGAUGAUUACUCUGGAUCUAAGUAUAAUGCUGGAGAGAACCGUGAUGGAUAUGCUACAUCUGGAUCCUACUCUGUUGCUCUUCCUGAUGGUAGACUUCAGACUGUUAACUACAAGGUUGCUGAUGCUUACAGUGGAUAUGUUGCUGAUGUUACAUACUCUGGUACUCCAACCUAUGGUGCUGCUGCUCCUUCUUAUAAACCUGUUUCUCCGGCAUACCAUGCCUAAGUUAUUUAUUGUCUAAAUUAUUAGAAAAUUAAAUAGAGAUUUUAAACCAAA